CUCUCUCUCUCUCUCUCUCUCUUUUCUACACUGACGAGUCGCGAAUUAAAAAGGGGACAUGCGAUCGCCCGCCAGGAUUUAUUCGCGAAGACUCAACGAGUGAUCUUCGCGCCGAGUGCAAUCGCGAGUCUUCACUGUGAUCGACACAGGCCGCUGCAGAAAACGCCUCAUUUUCAUCAAUGAAAGAGAAAAGAUAACAGCCAACGAAUCUUGUGACCGUCUGCGGGAAGUGAACUUAAACAAACUUUUAAUAAUUACCGCGAAUUUUCGGCCAUUUUCAAAUCAUUUUCGGUCAAACGCUUUGAUCAAUCGAUCUUGGAUUUCUUGAUAUCCUUCGAUCUUGGCGAAGUCGCUGCGUCGAAAAAGACGAGGGGGAGUUACGAAAUCCCAUUCGUCAAUUUCAAUAUUCGGCGGAUUCCAGUUAUCCAUAAUUCAAUGUCGGUUCUGUGGGAAGAUCGAGAGUAACGGGAUUUUACGUGGAGAUUGAGACGUAUAAGUUAAGUCUGAUAGCAACAUAGAGAAAUCUGUCCGGUAUUUCUUUCGCCGUUCUUCCCACUCUCUUUCUCGGAGAGCCCGUGAGUUACAUAAAGAAGGAUUUUACUGGUCAGUUAAUGAACCCGGUUGUGCGUGCACUCGAGGAACAUCCAACAACGACGGCGACAUCGAGGACGAAAACGGCGAGGACGGCGAUUGGGCUGAUAUUAUGCAAAAGCCAAGCAUGAGGGACCAACGACGGGACUGCGAGGAGUGAAAGUGAAGCUGAGGGAACGUGCGUCUUGCCUGGACCAGGUGUGAAAGUGCAGUGCGUAAUACGAACGCAAGGAACACGUGGUGCGGUGGUACCUGUCGAAACCGCGAUAUCGACGCAACGACGGCGGGGGACACGAGGAUGAGGCAGUAGUGAUGAUAACGACGACGAUAAUGAUGAUGCAGAUGUGUGCUCACCGCGAAAACAAUGCCCAGUGUAGUGACGGUAGAUGAUAAUGAUUAUGAUGAUGAUGAUGAUGAUAACGAUGCUGAUGAUGACCUCCUGUACACGCAACACUCAUUCUGGGUCAACGUGCUUACAACCGCCAAUUAAAACUUAUAGCAAUUAGUUAUUUCUGGCGGAUUAUCUAAUCUUCUUUUAUUCCACUUUCAUUCGGCUGAUGAUCGACGGUCUCGUUCAUCAGCAAUCGGCCGUUUGAAGACUAUCGUGCACCCCCGGCCCGAAUAAAAGUGCGAUCGAAACACAGAACUUUUUCGACAAACAUUAUUUAUGAAAAAUAUAUUCGGCUCAAGUAAUUGAUACUUAUCAAUUGUCUUAUUAGCGUUACGUCGAGUGCAAUCGAUUGUUAUUUAUCGAUCAACGAGAUUAUUUUCUUUCUUAACCGUGAUACAAGAUCGAAGGCAACGAAGAUGAAGUUCAUUGCGUCCUUGUUCGGGACGAGGUCCCCGAAGGUGAUGGGCAGGCAGUACAUGAAAGUCGGCAGAAACGCCCUCUUCGGCGUGACAGAUCACACCAGUGACAAUAUUUGUACCGAAAAGGUGCCGAGGCCGUUAUCCUUGAUAAUCUCCAGAAAGGGAAAACUCAGACAUGGCAGGAUAGCAGCGAUCUGUCUAGGUCUUCUUGCACUUGUGAUCGGCAUAGUGCUCAGUAGCAUACCGUGGGUCGAUUACCUCAUCUUGAAACAACUGCGACUAUGGAACGGUUCGCUCUCCUUUCAAUAUUGGCAGAAGCCAGGCGUAAUUCGAUUGACCAAACUCUAUAUAUUUAACGUAACCAACACGGAGGGUUUUCUGCAAUAUAACGAGAAGCCGAAACUCCAAGAAAUUGGUCCGUUCGUCUAUCGAGAGGAUAUGGAAAAAGUUAACAUUGCGUUCCAUAAUAACGGAACUGUCAGUUAUCAACAUAAGAAAAUUUUGAACUUCGUGCCGGAAAUGUCUAAAGAUGCAGAUAUCAAAGUAACAGUGCCGAAUAUACCUUUGCUGACACUUUCGACGCAAAGCAAGAGUCUCCCUCGUCUCAUCACAAUGGGAUUGUCAAUGUUUCUGAGCGGAAUGCACAUGAAACCCUUCGUUCCCGUAACUGUGCAGGAAUUAGUCUUCGGGUAUGACGACCCAUUAGUUAGUCUUGCUCAUCGAUUUCUUCCGAAAACAAGACGACCAAUGAGUAGAAUAGGCCUUCUUCUCGGAAGAAACGGUACAUUAAGCGAGAUAUCUACGAUAUUUACCGGGCACACGAACAUGAAAGAGUUUGGUUUGAUAAAUCGACUGAACGGGCUCGAUCAUUUACCAUAUUGGCCGAACGCACCGUGCAAUUCCAUUACAGCUUCGGAAGGAUCCUUUUUUCCGCCCCGGGACAAGACCGGUGAGGACAUCGUUUACCUCUGGGACAAGGAUAUCUGUAGGACAUUGCCGUUGCAAUAUCGCGGCCCAAUUGAGAAGGCUGGUAUCAAGGCGAAUUUAUACACACCGCCAAAUAAACUUUUCGGUCGAUUGAACGAAACAGGUUCUACAGAAGACGAAUGCUUCUGCCCGGAUGGAAGUUGCCCUCCGCAAGGCUUGCAGAAUAUUAGCCCAUGCCAAUACAGCGCACCAGUGUAUCUCUCGUUCCCACAUUUUUACCAGGCGGAUCCUAAGUUACUAGAUGAUAUUGAGGGACUUAAACCGGUCGAAAAGCUACACGGAACAUAUUUCAAGAUCCAAUCGAAACUAGGGGUACCUCUCGAAGGGAAGGUACGUGUCCAAUUGAAUCUGAAAGUAGAACGACAGCCCAACAUCGCGGCGGUCGCGAAUUUUCCCGAUAUAGUUUUCCCGAUUAUGUGGGUCGAGGAAGGUAUAGAGGAACUCACGCCGUCCAUUAGGCGGUGGGUUUACCUGGCGACCACGUUCGCCGACAUCGCUGUGCCCUGCAUGACGUAUGGCAUGAUUCUAGUCGGAUUGAUGAUUAUCAUUACGGUGUUCGUGAUGGCGUACAAUAGCCCAGUGCUGGCGCACGAGGCGUACGAGCUCGGCAAGAGAACCAUCAGGAGAGGUUCGUCCUUCCUGAUAAAUGGUCAGCAUCGGCUGAUGGCCGGUCGGGAAUCCUACAUCUUGCUAAACAACAUCGAUGUCGACGAGAAGCAGGACAUUAUAGAAAUUUGAUGGACAUUGUUCUGUGCAUGAAUUCUAGUGUAUUAGUAGCGCUGACGCGCUAAUACUAAUAAAGUGAGCAAUAAUUAAUGACGUCUGGCCACGAUUUCUCGUCAAGUAAAUAAAAUCACGAUACUAAGAAAACAUUUGGUCAGGCACAAACCAGUUUGUUGUUUGUCACACUCUGGAGGGUCGGGAUCUCAUAAUUGUAAAAACAAUUUAUGAUUGCAAAAGAUAACACAGGAUUCAAGGAUCUCAGGUAUCAACAUCUGAGGAUUUUGGACUUAAAAUAUGUAUGACUCAAGGCACUCAAGAGCCAAUUUAGAACCUAAGUAAUUUACAUUAAUUAACUUGGAUUUUAAUUAAGAUGUAAUUUAUAACAUAUCUAGCGCGAUAUAAAACUUGCGCGAAAGAUCAAAGACUUGCGUGAAGAAGAUUAUAAAAACUUUUUACAAUUAAUGGGCUACCUACAUUUUGCUUGGAAAGCAAAAAAAAUAGCGUUCUCGGUUCUUAUUAGAUUAAAAACUUUUUAUCAAGACUUUAAUCAUUAAUAAAGUAUAUCUUAAGAACUCGUACUUGUCUUUAUGCAACUUACUUAGGAGCCUUUCAUUUAAAUAAUUUAUUUGUACUCGGUUUUACAUCUCACCAAAUAGAAGCAGAAACUACGUAUUGUAUUUCUAAACUGUAAUUAAGAUUUAGGAAACUUUGGUAUUAUGUAUUUAAAAUGUUUGAAGCUACAUAUAUCAUUCAAAUUAGAUCUAAAAUUUUUAUAAUAUUUCGGGAUUACAAGAAUUCACGUAUGGACAUGCGGCAAAAUUUUCAUCUAAUAUGAGAUGACUGACUGAUUUAUUUUCUUUAAAAAUCAGAUUAAAAAUUAAAAGCUAGGCGUCAUUAAUUGAUAUUGCAUGGUGUAAUAUGAAAUGCGUUGCGUUUGACUGUGUACACCAAAGUUUUGCUAUUGAUGAUCGAGAGGACUAAUUGACCAAUUACGAAAUACGUGCAGCCACAAUUGGCUUGUAUUUCGUAUCUAAAAAGUCUUCUGCAUUUGAUACACGGAUUUAUUCAGUUGAGACCCGUGGAAAGUUUCGUUGUUUGAUGACAUUUAAAUUCGCCAAAGAAUAUACAUAUAUAUUCAUGAUCUUUCACAGUGUGUGAAAGUAACAUACAACCAUUAUAAUAUUUUAUAGCAAUAAUGAAGUGUAAUACAGUAGCAUUAUCCGUUAUUAAUUAUGGAAGAAAAGACAAAACUUUUGGGAUUUGAUGGGCGCUUAUGGAUGCACUAUAAUCAAGAAUUACCUGAUAAUUUUCAGUAUCGCGAGAGAUCCUAAGAUCAUGUUAAAUAUGUUAUUGUGUCUGUGAUUCCGUCCUUAUUUAUGUAUAUAUAAUAUGCAAUAUGCACUUGAAUAGAGAGCAACGAGGGGAGAAGCUUCAUUGGCAAUUAUGUGAAUAGAUGAGACUUUCACUCGUAGCGAUCGCGGCAGGAUUGCGCGUAAGACGAUGCUUCCUCUCAACGUGUCUCACUCGUACUCGGCCAUAAAAUCUAGUGCAAUAAUAGUAAUCGUAUGUUAAGUGUACCAUCGCCGCCAACGUGUGAUGAAACAACGUCGAUUAGAAGUAAGGUCAGUUGCACCGACAACUUUAGCGCUACAUGUAUCUGCGUAAAGCUAAUUUCGGUUAUACGAUCGGAAGAGCGCAGCUCUAGUUAUACAAGAAUAUUGAAAAUGCAAAUUUAUAUAACUAUGGUUAAUGUGUUAAUUGACGUGUCGGUGCGUUAUAAGUUAAACAUGGUUUGACGAUUAAUCAAAUAUGAAUGAUACAUCGAGGAUGUGAUGCGACUACGUAUCACAUUUUAGUACUUGUAAUCUAUUCCGAAGAUGAAAACGUUGUAAAGUAAGUUCGUUAUUACCCGAACGGAAUUUUGUAAUUGGACUUUAAUAAAAUAUGUUUAUCCAGA